AGCAGCAGCACCUGAUGGGAGUCACAUCUCAAACAGCCACUGGGACGGGCACCCCGGCCUCUUUGGCUACACCUCCCACCACAGUUCAUCCUGUCCGCCAGUCAUCCAUUGCCCCUCCACAACACCUCAAGUCCCAGCGGUCCAUUAACACUCCAGCUACCGCCACGCCUCCAAAGGUUCGCCCGCAGAGCAGGAACCUCCUCCUCGACUCCUCUGACACAAAUUACAGCGGCAGUCAGCCAAAACAGCGCCAAACUCAGCAGCCGCAGCAACAGCAACAACAGCAGCAGCAGCAACAGCAGUCCCAACAGCAGCAACAGCAGGAGACACAGCUGUCGGUGACGGACAGCCCAGCUCCUGGGCUCCCGUACCAGACGAGCUCCGCCAAAGAGAACCAGGGCCCAUCAGCGGCUGCAGAGGAGUCGACGGACACUCCAACAAAAAGCACCAAGAAGCCUCAACAGUCACAACUGCAGCCUCCACAGCAGCAUCUGCUCAAGCCAGUUGUCAAUAAACAGGGUUCUCAGACGACGUUGAACACCCCAGCCCUCAACGAGCGGACAGUCGCCUGGGUGUCCAACAUGCCACAUCUCUCUGCUGACAUUGAGAGCUUGCGGCCGGACCGUGAGGGUCAGCUGAAAGAGUAUUCAAAGAGCAUGGAUGAGUCACGAUUAGAGAGGGUCAGAGAAUACGAAGAAGAGAUACACUCCUUGAAAGAACGGCUGAAGAUGUCUCAUCGCAAGCUUGAGGAAUACGAGCAGAGACUUCUGUCGCAGGAACAGCAGACAAACAAGAUCCUGCAGCAGUAUCAGAGCCGCCUGGAGGACAGCGAGCGUCGCCUAAAGCAGCAGCAACUGGAGAAGGACUCUCAAAUCAAAGGCAUCAUCAGCAGACUCAUGGCUGUGGAAGAUGAGCUGAGAGGGGGUGCCAUUCCUGAUAUUAAGCCUCGAAUCCUCACAGACCAGUCUAUCAGCCAGGGCUAUGGUGGCCACCCAGGAUCCUGACUGCCAGUUCCAAAGUGACCAGAGCUCAUGAUGGUCAUUCAAGCAUAAGGAGAAGACUGAUUUACAUCCUCUACAAAAAACCCCAUGAAGACAAAGCUCUGCAGUGGAUCUAGUAGGACUACUGGAAGCUUCAUCUCACAACCUUCUUAAAAUUAAAAAAAAAAAAAAAAAAACAAACAACAAAAAAAAAACUUUGCACAUAUUCAAACCUUGCCUGUACCAGAACUUGACAAUCAAUUUAGCGUGAGGACCAAUGUGUGUAGUGAAUCUCUGCACACGUUGACUGAAAUAUAAGCCAAUGCCACAAUAAUGGCAAUACUGAACCUAAUGAUUUUCUUUAUUUAAUCAGAAGAAAUGACAAGAGAUGUGUAAAACACUGAGGAUGAAGAUGGAUUCAUGAUUUUCCUUGCUUCAAGCAGCACGCUCGCUUCUCACUGUAGUCGCUGCAGACAAAACAUAGAAAAGGCUUUUACAAGCACAAUAUCCCCUCAUGGUGACAUCUGUGACAAGCAACAAAGCAUGUUGUUAAAUCAUUUGCCAUCUAUGAUCCUCAGAUGCAGGGCCCAAGCAAAGACCGACUGUAUAUUACUAUUUGAUUCUGAUGAAAUCACUUAGUAACAUACUCUCACUGCAAAGAUAUUUUCACUUACAGAGGUGGUUAUCAUCAUGGUUUUGCAUCUUCUUGCAUCCUUUAUAGUACAGCCAUCCUGACUAAAUACAUGCCAAACAAGCCCUACAAUCGAUUUAUAUUAUAACUGCUUUAAAUACAAUCUAUACCCUCUCGGUUACAUUUUCCUUCGGUAAACAGUGUAAAGCCAGAACUACAAUCUGUUGAACUGAAGUGUACAGAACAAGUCUUUCUUAAAGCUACUAAAACUUUUUAAUAAUGAAAAUAUUUUACAAAAAAUAAUCUGAGAUUAAAAUGUGUUUUCGCUCACUUUGUAAUAAUAAUGAUAGUGAUGAUAAUGAUCAAAGUAUGUAUAUAUAACAUUUCAAAACAGUGAUACAAAGUGCUUCAUUAACAAUAAAGACAAAGAAAUAUUAAAACUAAAUAGAGUUUAAAGGGGCACUCCACCCAUUUUACACAGUAGGGUUAGUUAUUUCAUCAGGUGGAUCCUGUAUUAGAAAGUGGAGGUAGUUUGCAAAACAUGGUCAUUUUUCAAGCAGAGAGGGUCUAAAGCACUAGUGAUUGCAUUAUGGGAAAUGUAGGACCCAGAAUUUUGGAGUUUGACCCAUGAUAAGUCCCAUUUACACCUUGUAUUAACAGGUGAUCUGUAUCUGAAUAUAUAAUUUGGCCUUUGCAUUUAUACCUGGUAUUAAUAAUAAUCACUGAUUCUGAUCUCAAUAUGUACAUUAGAUUGGCAGUGCUGACAGGCUCAGCAAGGGAAGGAAUAUCACUGAUGGCUGUCAUUCAUUUCUAAAUCACUUUCUGUGGGGAAGACAUCCCAGCUACUGCUUCUCUAUCUUUUGCAGGGCUUGCUUAAACUAGCAGGAAGAGGCAGAAUUAGGUGAUCGUUUCACUUGCUCAAUGGAUUUUGGUUUUUCAGUGUUUUUUUUUCUUUUAAAAAGAAACCAUGGUCACACUGUGUGUCAUUAACACCUGAUUGAGAUUCAAUACCAAUGCGAGCCAGAACAGUAACUUGUUUUAGAGUCAAAUACAGAACACAUGUUAAUCCCAGGAGUAAAUGGAGCCCUAAAAGUCGGGAUAUCUCGCUCCCUGCUGCUUUGAUUUGGACCAUUAAGCUUUCAUAUGUCUCAUAUGACUUCCCCAACUUUAUUGAAGUGCAAAAAAAAAAAAAAAAAAAAGCACUGGAGUGCCCACCCUUUAAGGGAAAACAGAUGACUAUCUAUAUUCAACAUCAUGUGUUGAGGAAAGGUUAUGCUUUCAGAAAUGUCUUGAAGAUAUCACUUACAUAGCUUCUCAGACAGAACAUCUCUAACAGCUCAUCUUUAGUCUACAGUUUCUAAUCAGUGCUUGACUGUGCCCGUACAUCUAGAGCUGCAAUGAUUAGUCAAUUAAUGGAUUAGCUGAUCAACGGAAAAUUAAUCCACAACUAUGUUGAUAAUCAAUUAAUUGUUAAAGUCAAUGAAAAUGAUGGUUUCAGCUUCAUAAAAGUGAGAAUUUACUGCAUUUGCUUGUUUGACACUGAAUAUCUUUGGGUUUCACCUUGGGAAUUUGUGAAGAAUGUUUUUCACUGUUUGCUGAUAUUUUUAACAUUUACUUAAAAAUAAUCAGUAAAUUAGUUGAUCAAGAGUUUCAGCUGUAGUUAAGCCUGAGAGACAGUGUUGGUCAAAACUAACAAAAGCCUUAAGAGUAAUAAAUAAAACUGAAAAGUUAUAACAUCAAGGCCUUUCGCCUCUCAGCCCUUCAUUUCUGGCAUUUUCUUUUGUUUGUUAAUUUUGUUCUACAGCACUUUGUAACAUUAGAUUGAAAAGUGCUAAAUAAAUACAUUUUAAUAACUAUGAUUAUAAACAUGAUGUGCAACUGGAAACAAAUCAUAUUAUAGCAAGUAGUGAACUACUCAUCUGUUGUGUUUAAUGUUUCUGAAGCAUAGAUGUGCAACAGUUCUGCAUGUGCUUUUUAAAUGCGAGGACGAGUAAGUCAAGUUUGCUGUCAGAUAUUAUUCUAAUGUACAAAGAAAAAACUCAAAUCCAGCCUGCUGACUCUUCUGUUUUUUUCAGAAGAGGGUGGCAUUCAGCCUUUUGCAUUAUACAACAUGAAAGUUCGGAGAGGACUAACAGACUAACAACAGAGGAGAAACAGUGAAAACAACAGAACAAUAAAGAGUUUCCAAGCAGGGAUGUGUAGUAUAUGUGCAUAGGAUUUGACUGCCUUACAGUCUGUGCCACAGGGCCCAAAAUAACAAUGCCAAUACAAAAGAACUUGUAAACUUUGUAUAUUAAAUGUCCUUUUUGUAGUCAGGUGAUGAAUUAAUAAGCAGUGUGUUGGUUAACUCUGUAUGUUAAUCAGAAUAAUUUAUAUUAUGAAUUUCAUGGUUGAUAUAAUUUAUCUUAACCUCUUGCCUUUAAAAAGACAUUUUUCUUUCAAGAUAAAUAUCAAUGAUACAAAAUUAUAUGUUUAUGUUACCAGAAAUGUAUAAAAUAGCUUAAUGUAUAUCUAUUCUUAUAUGUAAAAUGUAUUCAAAUCAAGGGUAGGCCUUCAGGCAUGUUGAACAUGUGGUAAACACCAAUUCUUAUAUAUUAUAACUCUUAAUGCUGCAAUCCAGAAACUAUAGUGCUAUGAUGUGACUGCGUUCAUGGGAUGAGAGUUGAAUAAAAUAAUUUUCCAGCAUGGCACAGUUUCAUUAAAAUAUGAAAUAAUACGACAAAUUAAAAUAUCUCACCUAUGUUGUGUAACCAAAAUAGCAGUGGUGCUUUCAACAACCCCUGGAUUGCAGUUUUAAGUCAUUUUCUUUUAAAAUAUGUGUUUAUUUAUUUGGCCUGCAUUGCAAAACAGUAUUUUGAAAUGUUAUACCGCAUUUCUGUUUUCAUUUUACGAGAAGCUGCAAUACAUAAAGUGAGAAAAAUGUUUGUAAAGAACAUAAAAAUAUAUCUUAUACCCAUAUAUUAUUGAAACUUUCUCUGUAUUAGCUGCAGUGGUACAGUGUGCUACCUCUGAAAUUGUGCCCUCAUCUCCCUUCCCUGCUGGAAUUGAGGAUCCUUAUUCUGAUUUAUACCACAACCUGAGAGGAUACUUUAUUCCAUUCGGCUAAAAAAAAGUAUUUAUUUGAGAGGCAAUGCUUAAAAAAAGUUAUAAUUUUGUUCACAACCAGAAGUCGGGUUUAAUUUUUGGUUGCUUGUUCAUUGCUGUUUUAAGAUUUCCUAUAUACAACCUUUGCCAUCACAGGGCCAUUUCUAAAGUUUGUCCUGUUUACUAUCGUAUUUAAGUGCCGUUACCAUGACGUUCAUACAGAUCUACUUUUAAUUACGGGAUGAGAUUGAUUGUUUUCCAGGUAUACGUCAGACUCUCAGGUGUUAGAAGGAACACAGAGAAAUCUUUUAAUAUCUUUAAUGCCAAACGCACAAAAUAUUGAAACGCAAUCUUUGGCAAGUGAGCAUUAAAGCUAAAAGCAUUUCAAAAAGCACAUGAAAUGAGGGGUCUGUGCUGAGGCAUCUACUCUGCUUUUAUUUUGGUUGAUUCCUGACCCUCAUCUCAUCUUAUAAAUACUUUAAUUCACACCUUGUUUUGUAUUAUUUGUUGCAUAAAAAAAGGAACAAGAGGUUUGUUUCUUGGUCCAAAAUGAAAAAUGUGACAAAUGCUCCACUGUAAUAAAACUUGGUAAGAGAUAUUAUUGAAGUUACUACUGAAGAAGUGUUUUAUGUUUACAGAGUCAUGACAUUUUAGAGGAUGUAUGAACCUUUGUUCACCCGAGGGAGAAGGAGAUUUACUGCCGCUUUGCUGCAGCUAAAGCAGGACCUAAUAAAUGAAAUGAGAUAUCUUGUAUAUUUUGAAUAAGGGUAUUUAACAUCAAUCAACAUAUUUAUGUUUCUAAAAUGGAUGUAUAGCAUUUUGGAAUGAAACAAAGUAUUUUUCUCGGCAGCUAUUAUUCUGCACAAUUGAUCUACUGUGUCACAAAUAUAUAGUUGGUGGGGUUUCUGACUUGAAUUAGGCCUACUGGAUGUAAUACCUUAAUUUACUUGACAUUUCUUUUGAAAUAAGCCAUGCCCCAUGGAUAAGCCAUACCCUCCACACCCCUGAUGUUGUAUGGUGGAUGUUUAAUGUUGGUAGUUUUAUUUACAAUGGUAGUUAUUGUAGGUAUGAUUGCGCUUGUAAUGAUUAUUAUUAGUGUAAGUAUACUUGAUUGAUAUUAUUUGUUUUGUUUGAACAAAGGGAAUGUAUUCAUUUUUCCAGGUGAUUUUUCCGAGUGAUUUAAAUAAAUUAAUAAAUCCCUAAUUGAAGA